AUGUAUAGAAGAAGAAAAUUUCUUCUUGCCUCAGUUCUUGCUCUCCAGAAUUCUAGUUUUAUAUAUCCUUCAUGUCAAAAGUGCUUUUCUCGGAUAAUCCUGGUCUCCAAAAGGUCUAAUUGUCCAAAAUGUGGCUCUACUGGUGAAGCUGAAAAUACCAUUUACAGAUACAAGCUUUCCUUAAAAGUUGCAGAAUCAAACAAAUUAUUUGGCAUUACUGUAUUUGGAAGUUGCUUAGAUGUAUUUUUUGGUCUCACAGCCACUGGUUUGCACAGGUACAUUCAGGAUCCCAGUGAAAUUCCAGAAACUCUGGACAGUGAUACAACUCAAAACCUAUUAACUAAAGCAGUGGAAACUUGCUUUGUUGGACAAAACUUUAUUUUUGGAGUGACGAAUUUUGAAAAUCAGCACGGAAAAGGUUCAGGUUCCAGUAACUUCUCAGAGCAGUGCUCAGACCACAAGAGAGUAGUUAACGCACUCGUAGCUUGCCAGAUCAUUCCACCAGACCCAAGUGUUGUAGGCUUCACUGUCAUUGACUAUUUCCGUCGGCUUUUGCAGCUUUCUGCUGUCAGGAAACUUCACUGUGGCUCCCAGACACCUAAUAGCCACUUACUUGCUUUAGAAAGUUCGAAUAGCGAUCUCAGCAGCUUAUGUGGCCUUAACAGCAGUUCUUAUUGUUUUGAGCCCCAUGGCAAAGAUUAUUUUUCAGGAUUCUGGCAGCUAUCACUACAACUGACUUCUGUUGUUUCACAACUAACAGAUGAUGAUUUUUCAGCUUUGGAACAAAGCGAGGCCAAUGGUACUCUUCACCAGAACAGAAAGUGCAUCUCCUCUGCAGAGGCCACUGGUUCCAAUAGCCGCCUUGAUACCAUUCAGGGUUCAUGGAGCCUUGUUUCACAUAUGGACAAAAAGAGUUCAGCACAAAAGUUAGAUGAAGAACUUGGCCUACAGGCUAAUCAGCCAAGUGCAGUUCAUAGCAAUCAUCAUGAAAUUGGAGUUCCUGGCUCUAAUUUAUUCCCUAUGAAAGUACAGGAGCCAUUUGAACCAAGGAAUACAAAACCCUUGCACAGUGCAGUAGAAGUUAAAAGUAUAUAUUCUCAGCAUGAGAUAACAUGUCUCCAGAAUCAGGAGGUAGAUACGCCCCCUAGCUUUCAGCAGAGAUGUAUGUGUUAUCCAUCUUCAUCAGUCAGACUUGAGGAAAUAGCCAGUAGUUCCCAGGACUGUGAUCUCGAGAUCUGGGAUGACCUGCCACUCUCUGAAAGCCUAAACAAAUUUCUGGUAGCUAUCGAAAGUGAAAUCGCUAUAAACCAGACAGAUGCCAGUAGCAGGAAAUGUCAUCUAGAUAAUGACAUCAGUAAACUACAUGUGGACUACAGCAGGUUAUCAUUGACCCCACAAAGAACCCCUGGAGCCUUGCAUACACCACCUAUAGCCUUAAGGUCACCACCAGCAAUAGUCGAAGCAAACUCCAGCAGAGAUAACUUCCUUUCCAGCCAUGAAGCAAAUCCAAGUCCUAGCAUUCAUAAGGAAUCACAGCCUGAGAACACAGCAGAGGCUCUCUCUUUUAGUGGUAAUAAAAGAGACAUUUCUGAACAUUCUCUACCAAAUGUUGAUCUGUCAGCUCUGUUUCCGUCUUCAAAAGGCUUGGGCACAACAGUUGCUCUUAAGUCUACGAGAAUUCUACCACAUGAGACUGAAAUUUCAUGCAAGCACAAUACUUCAGAGGCUGACCAUUCUUGUCUCAGCAGCAAAUAUAAUGGAUGUGGAGAAAAAUCACUUUCAGAAAUGAGUGAAAAGUUGAAAACUUUGCAUUCUAGGAGGUAUAAUGUUUCCAACUUUCCCAGCUUAGAAAAUAAACAAUACUGUAGGCGGCCAAAGAGUCAGGGCAACAGUUUGACAAUUUGCAGGAAACUCACAUAUCCUUUAGAAACUCUUCACAGUACUCCAAAUAGAAGUAUGAAUACAUUGAGAGAAAUGCUUUAUGAACACACUGGUAAUAACCUAACACAGAACUGUUCUACUGGUCUUGAAGGCAAUUACAAUGCUUCUGUGGAUCUCUUCGAUGAUAAAGAGAUGGACAUUGUAACAGAAGUGACUAAAAGGUCACAGGAUAUUUUAUUACAGUGGGGUAAGUCUUUGGCAGAAAGUCAUCAUACAGAAUCUGAUUUUUCACUGAGAUCACUUUCUGAAAACUCCAGCCGGUCAUCACAAAAAUUAUCGUUGCAAAACACAUCUGCCUCUCUCUAUCCAAGAACCUGUCCCUCUCCACCUCAUUUUCAGUCAGAUUCAGAAUAUGAUUUUGAAUAUAGCCAAGAAUUUGUUCCAUGUUCACAGUCAACUCCAGUUAUUGGAUUCUACCAAAGUAGGAUUCAUGGGAUGAAAGGAGCUUUCCAAAAAUUACCUGCCUUUAAUUUGGACCUUGAUGCCAACUAUAAAAAAACAAGGAUUUCCUCUGCAAAUGACGCACAGCAAUCCACCCCUAUCUGUCCACAAAAUAUAAACACACCUGGCCAGAAAUCCAGGAGCCCUACUGUAUCUGGUAUUACACCACCAGAGGUCUCCAACAACCAUCCUGUCACUGAGUGCCUUGAAACUGAUGCUGACGAAUGGGUCCCUCCUACCAUACAAAAAGUAUUUCCUUCAGAAAUGCUUGGAUUCCGGGCCAUGGGUCUAAAGAAAUGCCAUGCUGCUUAUAAUUCUCCUGAUCAAAAUGAGUUACCAAGAAAAAAACUGAAAUAUGUCAAGCAAAGAACUGGUAAAUGCUUAAUUAAGAAGGAGUUAAAUUUAAAGAAUAUGCUUACAGCAGCAGUUAUAAAACAGAAAACUCCUGACUGUAACAAUAUAAAAUCAGCCUGGAUUUUUAAAGAGUCAGUUUUGGGACGUAAUUCUUGUGCAGAAGUCAAAUGUUGCCUUCCAUUUUCAGAAAAUUGGUCACCUUCAGCACCUGAAACUAAAAGUGCUUGGUCUCCUGAAUUGUUCUCACAAAAUUUCACCUAA